AUGGAGCUCUCUCUGGUGCUACUCAUCAAAGAUUAUACUCAGGGACAGACAUGGUCAAAACUUGGUUUGAAAGACCAGGCAAAAAGGAAUUUUAAAACCAGUAACAAAGUAUGGAAAGAAAGAAAGAAAGAAAGAAAGAAAGAAAUACAUAGAGUUAAAUUUAAAGAAAGAAAGAAAGAAAGAAAGAAAGAAAGAAAGGCCCCCGGGGACCCCGAAAGAAAGAAAGAAAGAAAGAAAGAAAGAAAGAAACACCAACCCAAAAAGAAAGAAAGAAAGAAAGAAAGAAAGAAAGGCCAGAAGUUUGAGACCAAGAAAGAAAGAAAGAAAGAAAGAAAGAAAGAAACCCAACAAAAACAAAAAAUAGAAAGAAAGAAAGAAAGAAAGAAAGAAAGAAAGGAAAGAAAGAAAGAAAGAAAGAAAGAAAGAAAAAGGAAAACAAAGAGACAGAGCUGGAAAAAGAAAGAAAGAAAGAAAGAAAGAAAGAAAGAAAAGAAAUAG